CACUGCUAGGUGCUUUCUACCCCGAAUAUAAAUAUAAUGAAGAAGAAGAACCGUGAACGAACUUCCGCUUUACCUCCCUAUUGGAUAAUUAUCCAGCUGUGUCUUGUGCAUCAUUUAUGUAUGCAUACAAUAGCUAACAAAAGGUGUAUAGUUUAUUCUAGCUGUGGUAUUUGCAUUUGGGGUUUUGUUGUCUCUUAACAUGAGGACCCGAGAAGUGUCGAUGCCAGUAAAGCAGGCCAUUAUUAAGCUGAAAAAUGAGAAAAAAUCGAUCAGAGACAUAGCCGAAACACUGGGUGUGUCAAAAUCAACUGUUUGGAACAUUAUUAAGAAGCAAGAACGCACAGGUCAGCUCAUCAACAGCAAAUCAUCUGGUAGGCCACGGAAGACGUCUGUGGUGGAUGACCAAAAAAUACUUUCAAUUGUCAAGAAAAAGCCCUUUUCAACUGCCGAACAGAUCAAGAACACUCUCCAGGAUGUAGGUGUAGAUGUGUCAAAGACUACCAUAAGGAGAAGACUACACCAGCAUAACUUCAGAUGGUUCACCUCAAGAUGCAAACCACUGGAUAAUAUGACCUCCCUCCCUCAGGACCAAAGUGGGAUGUCACUGCUCCAGGAGCAAGUUAGAAGAGAGAUCUUGCAGAGGAUGCAAACAAGGUUCAGCUCCAUCAUUGAUAGUGAAACGAUGGAUUUGGAGGACCUCCUAAAUGUGGCUCAACAAGAGCUUGCUCUGGCUACAGCGACAUCCCAUCACAUUAACAUCCCAGAGGAACUAGUCUGCAGUCUGCAGGAGCUGAUCUGCAGACUCAGCCAGUCCAUGCAAUCUGUUGCAGAGGCACCAGCUAAUCCCUCAGAUAUUGUAUCUGUUACUUCGAACCAUUCCCCUUCCCCUGAAUGAAUGUUUUCCAUCCCACCCCCUUUUAAGUCAGCCUAUGCUGAUUUGCCAACAUUCUGUCAAAUUAUGUCUACUAUUCAUAUAAUGUGCUUGUACUUGUAAAUGCAUAAACAAGUUUCUCAUAAAACAUUGUUUUUGUUAAUAGGAUGCCCUUUUUAUUAUUGUUCAUGGACAUUGUUUGGUCCCUUUUUUCAUUUUCUAUUUCAAGUGGCCAAUCACAGUGCUGCCCACCAGAGGUGGGACUUUAAAUGGAUGACUGUUUCCUGUUACUGAACACUGAUAUUGAUGAAGCCCUGAUGGGCAAAACGUCUGUUCAAUAAAUCAGACUUUCUUGAA